UUUUCUGCAGUUGUUGUCGUUGCACUUGCUGCUUCACUGCUCAACAGACAUUAAACUUUGAAAAAGAACGGCACAAAAAGUUAGUAUUAACUAUUGAAUUUAGGGGAAGACUAGUGUACAGAUGUAAAUUGAGAAAAGCGUACAGAGAAUUUGUUUUUUGUGGCUGGAAGUGGACACGUGUGACGUUUAAUUUAUAACGGAGAAGGCUUUGAGGGUGUGAGAUUUGAUGUAAGCUCAGAAGGCUUACUAGUGGUGAGCCGAGUCGAAGAGGUAUGGAAUGAGGACUGGAUUUGAUGGUGGGUCAUUGUGGCUGUGGGCUUUGAAAAAAACACUUGCGGGUCAAUUUCCAAAAAAAAUAUUUCUGAGUUACGGGGGGAAAAGGAAAAAGUUGGCAGCACUAGGAUCGCAACGAAAGCCCUACCCACUUUGGCCGUAGCAAACGGGGCUCUCGCGUCUCCUUCCGUGAAUCUCGUUGCCGGCGUCAGUUGCGUAGGUCUGGGCGCCGUAGCACGGACGCAGCGGAGGUCUGAGGUGGUGUUGCAGCCGUGGUGUCCAGCGGGGGACGUGGGUGCGUGUGAUCUGAGGCCGAGGGGUAGGACGACUUCCUUGCGCGAGGUCCCGACGCUGAAGGAUGCAGUGAGCCGUACGUGCCGUCUGAUGCGGAGAUCCGGCCGCCGUUCCACGGAAAAGAAGGCUGUGGAAGGUCCAAGGAAACAAAACUCUGCCGCUGAAACAACGCAUUUCCUGUCAGAUCUCAGUUUUUAUCUGAAGAUUGUCACUUCUCCCCCGAUUUGGGUUCUCGCGGUUGGUGGACACUGAUACAGUUCAAAGUCAGGCUAGAACUGUGAACCGAUAAGUCCGAUGGAUUUCAAUGGGAUUUUUGGAGCUGAAUUGGAAGAGUCGGAUGACAACAGCUCCGAUGGAGACCGUGGCUGUUAUUAUGCGAGUGACGAAGAAGGGGACGAGGAUGAAGGUGACCCAACAGGAUGCAGAGAAGAUGAAAAUGGUAACCUCUCAGGUGGUGCCAGUCAUGCCGGGGAUGAUGGGAAAAGUCGUCCAGUUGUCGCAGAGGAUUUUAUGGGCAGAGAGUUUGUCGGGGAGGAGGAUGCCUAUCUUGCUUACAAGGAGUUUGCUAGAAUGAGGGGUUUCGGGGUCCGCAAGGGCGAUGUGGGGCGUGUCGACGGGGUUUUGGUCAGGAGAGACUUUUUCUGCCAUCGACAGGGCACAAGACAUGCUAAGCACUAUGAUCGUCCUGAGCGAGUUAGGGAGGAGAGGUUGGAGAGUCGAACCGACUGCAAGGCGAAGUUGAAGAUUUUCUAUGAUGUGCAACGCAGUGUGUGGAAGGUCAGGAGCAUCUUCGAUGAGCACAACCACGAGCUUGCUCCGGCCAUGUUUUCACACCUCGUACCUAGCCAUCGCUCGAUGAGUGAUGGUGACAAAGCACAAGUUGAUAGCAUGAAGCAAUUUGGUAUACCAACUGCGAAGAUAAUGGCUUACAUGGCUGGUCAAUCUGGAGGGUAUGGAAUGCUGCGAUUUACAAAGCGUGAUUUGUAUAAUUAUAUACAUGGUCAAAGGCUGGCCCGAAUCAGUGAUGGCGAUGCUGCAGCAACGAUCAGUUACUUGGAGGGCAAGGCGAAUGCCGACAUGACGACUGUAGCACAUUACACGCGAACUGCCGAUGAUCGGCUGGGGAGCCUUUUCUGGGUCGACGGUGAAAUGAUGACCGACUAUCAGUUAUUUGGUGAUGUUAUGGCCUUUGAUUCGACGUAUCGGUCUAAUAAGUACAAGAAACCGCUUGUAGUGUUCUCUGGGUCAAAUCACCAUAAACAGACAACCAUUUUUGGAUUUGCGCUCCUGGAGGAUGAGGAAGUUCGUACUUACCGGUGGCUGCUGUUAAAUCUUGUAGAUGUAAUGGGAGAGAACUCCGUGUGUUGUUGUCACGGAUGGGGACAAAGCGAUGCGCGCAGCCAUCGCGGAGGUGUUCCCGGCAGCAAGGCACCGGCUGUGUGGGUGGCACUUGGAGAAAAACUGUGUUCAACGGGUUAA